CACGGUCUCGUUUCCAUGGAGACUGAAGCGUCUGUGGACGCGAAGGAACCUCUGUAUGCGAAUGGCCAGUGCCUCAUUAACGCUAGCGUUAGCUUUAAAGUGCUUACAUUUUGUGACGUGACGCGUGUUUACGGGCAGCAGCUGUAACGUAACGUUGCGCUGCUGUAAUGACGGAUUCUAAUGAAAGCAAUGAAACGGUCACGUGCGACGUGUUUGUCUCUGAGACCGAGCGGAAACGCGCUUUGUCUCACGAAGUGUCUCACGAAGUGUCGGCCUCCGCUGACCUCCCGCCGUCGCUCGUGAGCUACUUUGAAGCGUCCAGAAGCAGAGCCGCGGAGUGUGAGAAGCUCAUUACUGAGGACGUUGAAGACUUGAUGAACUUGGCCACUGAACUCAAUGAGAACACGCUGAAACCGAAUCAGCAGGACAGAGGGAAUGAAGAGGCCUCGUGCGUUCUGCCUGAGACAGAAGCACCCGCCCGCGUGACAGCGUCUCCCAGAGAUGAGGAUGAAACUGAAACUGACGACUAUGGAGAAAAAAGAAAACACAGCACUUCAAGACUCUCUGAAUUUUCACUCACAAAGGAGGAGAUAAAAGAAAACAAUGAACACCAGCAAGCACACAAGGAGAAACGUCGCUUUGAGGAGCUGAAGAAAGAGGAUGAAAUAAGACAGAGAGAAAACGACUUCCAGAUGGAGCUGAAGAAGUUAAUGGAGGCGGAGAAGCUUCAUCAGAUAGAACUUCAGCUGAUGGAGAAGAGAGCUCAGGAAAAACUUGAUCAAGAGUUGCUGCUGCAGCAGGAGCUGAUUAACAACAUACAGAAGCAAGUGGGGGAACAAAGGAGGAUGAUUGCAGAAGAACUGAAGAGGAUGAAGGAAGAAGAGGAAAAGAAAAGAAAAGAAGAAGAGGAGAAAAUUAGGAUUGAAAUAAGAAGGAAGAAAAUGGAGGAGGAAAAUAAACAGAUUCUAGAAAAGAGGGCAGAGGAGGAGAGGAGACUCAAAGAAGAGCAGAGGAAAAGGGAGGAGGAAGAGGAAAGGAGGGAAAGAGAAGAAGUGAGGAUCAAGAUGGAGGAAGAAAAGAGGAAGAGAGAGGAGGAGGACAGAAAGAGAAGGGAAAAGGAGAUAAUGAAAAGAGAAAUGCAACGGAGAAGGAUAGAGGAAGAAAUGAGAAGGAAGAAAGAGGAAGAUAGAAAAAUCACAGAGGAGCUGAGAACAGAGGAGGAGGAAGAAGAGGAAAAGACUAAAAGAGAAGAAGAAAAGAGCAAAGUUGAGGAAGAGAUGACGAAGAACAAGGUAGAGACUAAAACAGAUAAGUGUAAUGAGAAAAUAUGGCUUGAAGAAGAAAAAACGAGUCAAAUGGAACAAAUGGAGGGAGAAACAAAUGCAAAGAAGAUGGAAAACAAGUCAAAUCUAAAAGUCCAAAAGGAGGAACAAAAAGCAGGUAAGAGAGAAGAAGGGAAAACAAAUGAAGACGACAUAAGGAAAGAGAAAAAACCUGAGGAGGCAAGAAGAGAGACAAUGACGACAGAUGAACAAAAGGGAAAAAGAGAAGAAGAAAAACAAAAAACAGUAGAUGGAACCCAACUUAGUGAAGAUAGAAACAAAAUAAGGAAAAACAACGUCAUAAGGACGGAGGAGGAGAAACUAAUACAGGAAGAAUGGAGGAAAAGACAAGAGGAGGAAAACGAUGAAGAAAUAAGAUCCAGUGAAGAGAAGGAACAUGAAGCAAAGAUCAGAAAGGUCGAGGACAACAGGACCAGAACAGAAAGAGAGAGUGAGCAAGAGCAGAUGAAGGAAGAGGUGAUAGAAACCACAGAAAACCUAAAGGCAGAAGGCCGCUGGCACGAAAAGGAGGAGGAGAGCAAAAUAAUGCAGGAAGAGAUGGAGACCAGAAGUAAUGACCUGCAAGAGAAGACGCACAGGAGCAGUGGACCCGAGACCCUGACCUCCGUGACCUCCCUGACCUCCCAGCUGGAAGACGGCCCCCGGUCCUCAGGCCUCGAGGCCCCGGUCACCGAGCGACAGGACGCAGCGGUGCAGCGGUGCAGCUCCGGCCCCUCUUCACCUCUGAGCCCCCGGGAGCAGAAGAGGCUCUCCUGGACCAGCGGCUGCACCUCGUGGUGCAAACUGUCCCUGCAGAACAGGAGGAAGCAGAACGGACCCCCGCGAGGCGGGCGGCGGCGGCCGCGGACCGGCGGCGUGCCGGCCCCCGGCCCCGACGCGCUGCUUCAGGCCGCAGGAGGCGGGUCCGUUCAGCAGGUGACCUCGGUGACGCUGGAGGACCGGCCCGGCUGCAGCGCCGCCUCUCUGGCCCUGUGUUCUCACCUUCAGUCGCUCACUCUGCGACGCUGUGGCCUCACAUCCCUAGAGGGCGUCAGCCACUUAUCACAGCUGUGCUACAUCGACGUGACGGAAAAUCACAUCUCGUUUGUGGACUGUGAGGGUAUGACCAGUCUACGAGUUCUUCGGCUGGCCCACAACAAGCUGACCUCCAUCCAUGGUUUACGAGGUGCAAACAAUCUGGACGAACUGGAACUCUCACACAAUAACAUCACACGAAUUGCUGGUCUGGAGUCCAUGAAACGCCUGCAGAGGCUCUCAGUGGAUCACAACCAGCUCAUCAGCACCAAAGGCCUGAGAGACGUCUACACGCUGCUGCACCUGAACUGCUCCCAUAACCACCUGGCAGACGUGGAGGGUCUGGAGAACAACGCUCUGCUCAGGACUUUGGACCUCAGCUCCAACAGCCUGCCUGAGCCCCCCGCUCUGGACAACCACGUCCUCCUCACAGAGCUGCAUCUGGACGACAACAGCAUCUCCUCCCUGCAGGCUCUGGCUGCUGCCUGCUGGCUUCCUCUGAUGCACACGCUGUCUGUGGCUCAGAACAGAAUCACCCAGCUGCCUUCUAUGUCUGAUUUUGUGUCCCUUGCAAAUCUGGAUCUUCAGUUCAACUGCAUGUCAGAGCUGCAUAACGUAUGCGAGAGUCUGGAAGGAUGUGUUUCCCUGCAACGCGUCCACCUCAGAGGGAACCCUCUUCAGCAGGAGAACGGGUGGAGGUCCACUCUGCAGAGAGCGCUGCCUGGCCUGAGGGCCGUCGAUGACCAGCAGACAGACGGCCUUCUGUCGCCCCCCGCUGUUCAACAGAUCAGCUCGGCCUCAGAUACUUUCCUCAAAUUCUGUCAGACUCAACUGCAGCAAAUGAAUGAUUUACUGCAGCAGCACAGCAGGGAGCUCAGUGAAGCCUCAUCUCCCCUGGACGCUGUGAAAAGCUUGUGCCAACACUUCACUGAGACCUUGAAGCUGGCUGAGGACCAGAGGUUUGCCCAUGAAUGUGGUGACGUUACAGCCUCCGAGGGCCGGACCCACGUGCAGAGCUCUACUGCUACAAAGCUCAUCGAAGACGCACAGACGGAGUCCAGCGAAACGGCUCCAGCAGUCGGUUCCAGCGGGAUCCAUGAAAACGGCCCCGGGACCAGUGAGGCUGUGUGGCUCCAGUCCUCAGACGCUGGUACCAAGGAGACGGGCCUUCACUCCCUGUCAGAGAAGAGAACCACAUCUUCCUCGUACGUUCAAACGGCGGCUCUGUCUAAACAAGACCUGGAUCUUAAAAACUCAGCAGCCCGUGUGAUUCAGCGGCAGUGGAGGACGUGCAGGCAGAACCAUGGGGACAUGAGCAGGCACCCGUUAGCAGCAUCAGGGCAUGGAGCCCAUCCAGAGCCAGGACCUCCCUGUGGUCCCCACAGUGUGCUUGAUCAGCAUUCUGCAGCAGCUGCCAUCCAGGCGUCCUGGAGGGGCUUUGCUGUGAGGAGGAGGCUCGCAUCUGCUCUGGCUGCCGUCACCUUCCCCAGCACCACAGAGGACCACGCCUUUGAGGAGGAUGAUGUGGAUGAAUUUGUCUUUGAUGAGGCGGCUGAGCUGGAGAACCUCUGGACACUGCAGCUGUCGGACGAGUGGCUGUCCAGACGUGAGCCCGUGUCAGAGCAGCCUCCGAGUGUGAAGUUUCCUGGGCCUCUCCCUGAACCCCAGAACACACACACUACACCUCCUGUGUGGAGGCCUAAGCAGGCCUGGGCGCCUGAAGAAGUGGCUCCGGGCGGGAGAGCGUCCCCAGAGAGCUGUCACAGAAAGUCUCCUGCAUCGUCUUCAGUGCUCAGCGGAAUCUCUGAAAGAUCAGAGAAGAUCCUGGAAGAAUGGGGCUUUGCUGACAGCCACACAGCCCUUCAGAUGCUCAAGAGAGCUCACAACAUGAAAUGGAAACAACAGCUUAAGAGGAAACACAAGGAUCCCCCAGUUGGUUCUGCUUUGUUCUACCAGCUGGUUCCCGUGGAGGGAGGGAACAGAGCUGCUCCACGCAGCAGCCGCCACAGGAGAGGAGCUCUUUGCGGGACUGAGACGGUGAAACAGGAAUCAGCUGAGCAGCGUCUGCAUGGCCAGUGUGACAGGAGCUCAGAGAGCGCGCGUUUCUUACCAGCGCUGAGCUCGGACGUUCUGAACGGAGGCCGAGUGCAGCUCGUGGCCGACCCAGGGUUCUCGGAGCGGCGUCGAGCCAGCGGACAGCGGGCCACCAGCGCUUCAUGUGCGCUGCAGCACAGUUCUGCUCCCAGGACGUCUCUGGGCCGAGCAAAAAGUGACGCCUCGUCUCCUAACGGCGGCGCGGCCGCUCCGCGGGUGAAGGAGCGCAUCUCCUUCCGAGACGGGGCGGUGCAGCUGAGCGGCGGCUGGGGAGGAGGCAGGAAGAGGAGCAGCCUGCACUAAGAAGCGAGCUCUGCUGCAGGAUUUAGCGUUAGUCUUCAAAGUAUAAAGCUCACACGCAACAAACCCCAUUCUAUGGAAUAUCUGCUUUCAGACGUUCAGCAGUUGAUUAAAAAGGUGAAGACUUCUGCCUCCAGCCUCUCACCUGCUGACAGCCCCCUGCAGCCGCUCCUGGACAGCGAUUAGAGCGGCAGGACCGGUCCAGCCCAAACAUCCUUGGGCGCUUCCAUUACGAAGGCUGUGCUCAGGUAUCACUGAAUGUGAUCGCAGCCAAGCAGCACCAACACACAUGGAGCGAAGCCAAGGAGCUCAGCAAAUGACACGCUUCAUAUGCAAAUGAGGGCAGGAAAUAGGAACCAGGACCUGCGGUGCCUGCGAAGUCCUGUUUCUAUGAGGCUGUUGGUUCUGGACCUGACUCUCUGCUCAUUAAAUAUAUUGAAUGCACUUUGUAAGAGUUGGAGGAAAAGUGUCUUUGCUCUGCUUUUCCAAGUCCAGCCCAAUAAGCUGCGUUUCCUGCUGUUGUGCGUCGGUUCAGCUGCUUCUCGCCGGCGUCGGGCUUCGAGCCGCUGACGCCCACGUCUGUGCUGCAGUCACAUGAGCAGAUUGUGGAUUAGCACGAGGUUGUGUGUGUAUUAAUGUGAGGAGCGGAGGCGUCCGUCCUGCUGCAGGCGGAACCUCAGGGUCGGAGCUUCCUCGCUGCUCCGCCGCCUGGAAACGAUAACUUAAUGAAUAUGAAAACAAACAGUCAGAGCUGCAGAGUGGCUCCCUGGAAGGAAAUGCAUGUCUCCUCAUUUAUUUUCCUUGCAUCUUCCACUUACGCAUGUCUGGAGGCUGUGUUUUGACUGUAUGGAGCUGACUGGGACUCUUGUCUUGGAGAGUGGCGCACGCCCUGAUGUGGGUCCUGUCCACCUCCACCCUGUUGUGAAACCUGAGAGCUCUGUUCUCCGUCAGGGAGCGCGUCUGACUGUUGGUUGGCAACAGUCAUGUGUUCACCUCCCUCCACCAUCGUCUCCACUUUUGAGUUAUGGGUGAAUUCCAUGGACCCCAACUCUGCCUCCACCAUACUUUAGAUAAGAGGAGAAAUGUCCCUUCAGCCUGAACUCAAGUCAGCAGAUAUUGUGUCCAAACCAGCCCAAAUUAUUAAUGAUCCACAUGUGCUUUAGGCGACGUGCUUGUUUGGGUUGAGUCGUUCUAACAUAUAUGUGAAUUUUUCACCACUGAAACGUUAAUACAACUAAAAUGCAGCUUCUGCAAACAGACUGUGACAGGACGAGGAAAGAUAAUCAGUCAAUCUGGAAUGUGACAAUAGUGCUAAAAUGAAUGAGCAAUAAAUCUGUCUCUGGCCUUAAGCUUUCACAUGUACUCGGACCAGAGCUGGGUUCUGCCCCAGGUUCUGGUUCUGGGCAGAAGCAAAGUUCUAGUCUACAUGACACAAUGAAAAGCUUAUGAAAUUAAAUAAAUGUGUUAAAUCAAAUAUUAAAUGAAUAAUUGUAGAAGUCUGGUCAUAAUUUAUAUCCAAUUAUUAUAAUAAUAAUAAUAAUCUUUUAUUUUAGUUUGGUUGAUGUUUGUGUAGCACGUGUCUUUCUAAUCUUUAAAUAAUAUGCAGCUUUUUUGCCCUGGAUGAAAUAAUUAUCACAUAGCUAAUAGUAACUAAGCUAAUUGUGUAACUUGUGCUUGUUGAUAAAUCUGAUACAUCUAAACACAUCUAAAAUGAUGCUUCUAGGUUUUCCUGGUAUUAGUUUUGUUAUUUAAAAUGUCUAAUAAUCUUAUAAUAUUUAUUAUAGUGGACAUGUGGAAGUUGAUAACGUGUGACUGGUCUUUCUUAGUUUUGUUUCGUGAUAUUAAUUUUGCAAAGAAAGGUUGAUUAACAAAACAAUGAUGAUGAUAAGUUACCUUUUGAAUGACUGGGUUGUUGUGGUUCAGCUGCUGCGACCUGUGCCACACGUCCACGUGAAGUCAAGUGACUGAGCUGAGGUUUGUCAGCGAGGAGGAAUGUCUGACUGCUGGAAAAACCAACGGCAAACAAACACAAUUAGAGCCUGAAUGCCCUGCUUUCACUUUUGGAGCGGGACCGAAGCGCUGCAGACGCUGCGGCCGUGGAGGCUCCUCCGCGUGCGUGCGCUGUGGGAAAAUGAAGCCUGCUUGUUUUCAUGUUUGGUGGCGAGCCGCAGUUUGAAGGCCCCGUAGCCUGAGCUGGAGCCAGCGCUGGUUCUGGGCACCAUGAUGUCAUGCUCCGCUGUGGUGCCACGCUGGGGCCUCGCAGGCCUCGGGUCCGUUUGGAGUCUGUUCAGUCGCUCUGGGACCGAACCGAACCAUAUUCCGUCAUAUGUGACCAUGAUGAGAACAAAUUGGCAGUGUAGAUGUUUUAGUUAAAGCUGCUUUGCAGGUGGCUCACAUGACGCACUGGCUCAAGCACUUAAGUCAUUAGUGUGACUGAUGGGCCCGAAGGCGGCCGGGCCUCGGGCUCACAAACCCGUCCAGAACCUACUGCGGCAGGAAUUUCCAGCCGCAGACCCACCGCAGUGAACUCCUCACAUUUUCUCCUCAGCGUGGGCCGUGCGCCGGUCAUCCUAGACGCCCAGCAGCCCCCCCAACACACGCACGCACGCACGCACGCACGCACGCACGCACGCACGCACGCACACACACGCACACACGCGCACGCACGCACGCACGCACGCACGCACGCACGCACGCACGCACGCACGCACGCACGCACACACGCGCACACACACGCACACACGCACGCACAGACACACACGCACACACACAAACACACUUUGGAGCACCUUUAUUUGUUUUCCUCUGGCCUCCGGUGGCACCAGGCCGCCCCAGGUGACCAGCGCUGACCCUGCAGCGACCCGGAGCGCGGUGCCCGGCAGGUGGGGGAGCGCUGGAGCUGGACCACGGCUCGGUCAGCGGUAACACAAGUCCUCCAAUAAUGAGAAAUAGAAGGAGCGCUUCCUGUCGUCUGUGUGUGAUGAAGCUGAAGGUUCUGUCAGUGUGAGGCGUACAGAACUUGAAUUAACACAUUUUAUACCGUUACUGUAAAAUAAAAAGGCCUUGAGUCAUAAAUAAAAUGCUCAGAUAUGUGCCCUUGUCAAAACUGGAAAACAAAUCCCAUACAAAUUCACGUUGACAAAACCUCAGCAUUUUACAAAUGUCUGUCACUGAACUCGAAUUUGCACAAUGAUGUUUGUUAUAUUUAAUUGGAAAUAAAAUAAAAUAUAUAUUUUGUCACCAAACAAUAGAUACGAUGCCAGCGAAAUGUAGCCUAUUUAAUAUUAUGUCGACCUGCCCGUCAUUAAAAAACUAAUUUUUAAGCCAA